CGCUUGUUGGGUUAAUUUGAUGCUAAUUAAAUUCACAUGUAAACGGUUAAUGUUGUUAGUAUUACGAGCGAAUCGGGUGGCUUCCUUUGCUUGUUAUGGUGAAGACAUCGAUGUUCAAGAGAUAUGCAAACAAUGGCGACCAGAGCGUGGAGGAUUCCGCAACUCAUCCGUAACAUAUACACUGCACGAGUUUCGGCUGUCGGAAAAAAUAUUACAGUUUCUCCGCCACUCCCAGAUAAACUGCAUGAUCUGAUAUACGCUUUUCGUGAAUCCAAAGUGCUGUUCGCAGCAUGUGAUUUGGGUAUCUUCGAUAUCCUUCAAGAUUCCGAUGCUCCGCAGUCGGUCGAAGACAUGUCUUCAAAGAUUGGAUCCAAUGCUGAUGCCACAGCUUGCUUCAUGGACACAUUGGUUGCUCUGGAAUUGCUGGAAAAGACUAAGCAAGAUGGAUCAUGGCUGUAUUCAAACAGCAACAUAGCAAAACAUUUUCUGACAAAGUCGAGUCCCCAUUCGGUUUAUGGGUACAUAAAACACUCCAAUGAAGUGAUCUAUCCCAUUUUCGGGAACUUAGAGAGUGCAAUUCGUGAAGGAUCGAAUCAGUGGAUGAGAACAUUCAACCUGUCGUCGGAGGACUUUUUUAAAUCUUCAUAUAACACCGAGGAGGACCGCAUACGAUUUCAAUCUGCUAUGCAUUCCACGUCACAGCACUUCUGUCACGCCGUGGUGACGGCGUUUGACUUAAGUUCAUUUGAAAAUUGUUGUGACUUAGGAGGUGGAAUGGGAACAAUGGCUUACACUUUAUGCCAAUACUACCCAAACAUGAAGAUCACAGUGUGUGAAGUGCAGUCUGUUGUGGACUCUGCCCGUCAUUUUCAUCCCCCGUUAGAAGAUUACCCCAAUCAAGGAAACAUCUCAUACGUAGUAGGGAAUUUCUUCCAAACAGAUCUGCCAAAGGCUGAUUUGUAUAUAUUGUCACGUAUUCUUCAUGACUGGCCAAUUGAAAAAGUGGAACUUAUACUCUCAAAUGUCAUCAAGUGUUUGCCUUCAGGUGGCUGUUUGCUAAUUGCUGAAGCUUUCUUGGAUGAAGACAAAACUGGACCUAAAAGUGUUCUCCUUCAGUCACUGAAUAUGCUUUUACAAAUGCAGGGAAGGGAACGCACAGCAGAGGAAUAUAAAGAGAUCUUGCAAAAUAAGGGAUUUGUUGAUAUUCAGACCAAAAAGCUGGAGCCCUCUGUAAGAUUAGAUGCCAUUCUAUGUAGAAAAGCUUGAUGGAAAUUUAAGCAGGUCACUCUAAUUUUGUGGUCUCAGUCAAAUCCAGAUAAUCCUACAUUUGGGAUAACUGGUUCUUUGGAACAACUGUCCACAUUUAAUGGAUAAUCAUUGCUUCAGUACUGUUUUGGUUUAUUGAAAUUUCUUGAUAAUGUCAAAUUUGAGACCAUAAAAAUAUUAGCAUUGUAAGAGAUAAAAACUGAGAGAAUACACUUAAAAACCUUAAAGAUAGAACAAGUAUGGCAAAGGAUGGAAAAGGAAUGACAGGAUUGAAAAAUUUACAUGAGAAGUGUAAGGGGUGACAUUCCAACACAUGGGAAAAACAAAAACCUCUUGCAAACUUUUUUUAGCCAAUUUGACACCAAAGCUGUAAUUGUUUUUUGCCUUAAUUGAUUGGUAUGGUUCUAGUGAAGCACUGUACAUGUUUGUGACUGCCAUCUUUGACUGUUUCCCUCCGGUAAAAAAAAAAAAGCCUUUUAUUUUUAGCUCUUCUGCUGAUUGAGAAAAAGAACUGUUACAAAUUUACCACAAAUCCAACAUCAAAUAUAUCAGAUGUAGCAGAGAUUCACCGUCAUUAAUCAUAUUAAUCUCCAUUUGUUUGAGAAGAUUUCUUAA